AUGCGCAGUGAUAAGGAGAGACAAUCUCUCCUUGAUUUCAAAGCUGGCCUUCAAGACCCCUUUGAUCAUAAUUGUAUCGCUGCCUGGGGAACUACUGGAAAGGAAGAUGUUGAUGACGAUGAUUGCUGUAACUGGUGGGGAAUCGCGUGCAACAACCAAACCGGUCAUGUCACAGAGCUUCAAUUAAAUGGUUGUGGUCUUAAAGGUGAGAUUAGCCCAUCAUUGCUUGACUUAACCUACUUGACUCAUCUUUACCUUUCUGAUAAUCAUUUUAAUGGAAGCCUUCCCAACUCCAUUGGUUCAUUAUUGACUCAAUUAACUCAUCUUGAGGUUAGUUGGAAUUCUUUAAGUGGAACCAUUCCCAACUCCAUUGGUUCAUUGACCCAACUAGUGUACCUUGACCUUUCUGGUAAUUCUUUUAGUGGGUCCAUUCUCGAGUCCAUUUGUUCCUUGAAUAAAUUAAGGGAACUUCGCCUUUAUGAUAAUUCCUUUAAUGGAACCAUUCCCAACUGCAUUGGUUCCUUGACUGAAUUAACAUACCUCAACCUUUACUCUAAUUCUUUUAGUGGAAACAUACCCGAGGCCAUUGGUUCAUUGACCGAAUUGACUUACCUUGACCUUUCUAACAAUUCUCUUAGCGGAAACAUUCCUCAAGAAUUUGGAAACAUCGUAAAAUUGGAAAAACUCUAUCUAAACAAGCUUGGAAGAUGCUCAGUUGAAGAUAUAACCUGGUUGUCUCGCCUAUCUCAUUUGGAGAUACUUUAUAUGAAUGGGAUUUCACUAGCCAAAGCAGACCAUUGGGUUGAUGCAAUCCUAAGUCUCCAAAACCUAACAUUUUUGAGUUUAGAUGGAUGUGACCUCUCACAGGUCACACAUCCAUAUUCUUUUUCCUCAUCUCAUGUCAACUCUUCUUCUUCUUCUUCAUCAUCAUCAUCUAAUAUUCGUUACCUUGAUCUCCGAAACAACAAUCUUAACUCAUCCACGUAUCUUUGGUUGUACCCAUUAACUACCAACAACCUUUAUACUCUUGAUCUUUCUGGAAACAAGUUGGAUCAAAUACCAACAUAUCUUGGCAAUCUGUGUAAUUUGACAAGAUUAUUUUUCGACAACAACUCUGCACUUGUCACAUUUUCUGAUUUCCUGAAAACCUUGUCUGGCGGAUGCACAUCUAGCGCAUUAUAUCACUUGAACGCUUCAAGUAGCCAAUUUACAGGGUCAAUAUCCGAUGACAUUCAAAACUUUUUAUCUCUAGGACAAUUGUACCUUGCUCAUAAUCAGUUAAAUGGAACUAUAAGUGAUAAAAUGAGGGAACUGCCAAUGCUUCAAAGACUAGACAUUUCUUCCAACUCUUUAAGAGGUACCGUUAUUGAAAAGCUUGGAAAGUCAAGGCUUAAGUACAUAAAUUUCUCUGUUAACAACUUCAGCGGGAAAGCCUCGGAUUUGUUAUCAGCCUUUAAUGGUUCAUCGGUAUUAGAUUUGAGCUCCAACAACUUUUAUGGUCUAGUAACCAAGGUUUCUUCUACUUUGAAUGUAUUAAAUCUUUCCCAAAACAAAUUCUAUGGAGGAAUCUCCUUUCUGUGUCAAACUGUUGACUGGCAUUUAAAUUAUCUUGAUCUCUCGUACAACUCGUUCUAUGGACAAAUUCCAGACUGUUUGUGGCAUUUGAAAGAACUAAAAGUUUUAAAUCUAGCACACAACAAUCUAUUUGGAAGGCUUCCUGCAUCUAUUGAAUAUUUGAUUCAACUUGAGGUGUUGUAUUUAUACAACAACAACUUCUCGGGAGAAGUGCCUUUAUCCUUGAGGAAUUUCACCAAGUUAGCCUUUUUGGAUUUGGGGGCCAACAAAUUUUCAAAUAACAUGCCGGAUUGGAUUGGUGAAAACUUAUUAGGAUUGUAUGUUCUUAGCCUUGGUUCCAAUGACUUUUUUGGACCCAUUCCUUCACAAUUUUGUCAACUUGCUAAUCUUCAAAUUCUUGACUUGUCAGCAAACAAUCUCAAUGGAACCAUCCCCUCCUGUAUUAAUAAUCUUACUUCGAUGGUUCAACGAGGAUCCUUAUCGGCACAUAACAUACAUAUAUAUGAGAUUUUUGAGACUGGUAGUUCCUAUGAAACGGAUGAUUAUACAGACCGUGCGAUUGUCCAGUGGCAAGGGAUUAGACGUGAAUUCAUGACUAACACUCUUCGAUUGUUAAAAAUGAUUGAUCUAUCAAGCAACAAUCUAAAAGGACAAAUCCCUAAUAAGGUAACCGAUCUUCAUGGGUUGGUUGCACUCAACUUAUCCAAGAACGCCUUAUGUGGGGAGAUUCCACAUAAAAUUGGUGAGAUGAAUGACCUUUUGACGUUGGAUAUAUCAAGAAACCAUUUCUCAGGAGGGAUACCAUCGAGCAUAUCUGAGAUGACUUUAUUAAAUUUUCUAAACGUGUCAUACAAUAACUUGUCUGGAAGAAUUCCAUCCGGCACUCAGCUCCAGACCUUUAAUGCUACAAGCUACACAGGAAAUGCAAAAUUGUGUGGACUUCCCCUGUCUAAAUAUUGUCCCGGAGAUAAAGAAUUACGAGUACCAUCCCCCAUUGGUGAGAGCGACAAAGAUGAAUCUGACAGACGGUUUUAUAUUGGCGGGGCCGUUGGUUUUGCUAUCGGAUUUUGGACCGUGUGUGUCACUUUACUUGUCAUCCGCCGUGGAAGACAUACGUUCUUUCACUUUAUGGAUACCUUGGAAAACUUGGUUUAUGUGAAGGUGUUGGUGUUCAAAGCAAAAUUUUAAUGGGAGACACAUGACUAGCUAUUUGCCUAUUUCAUAUUUCUUUUUUAUUUCUCGUUUUCUAGUAUUUAUGUUGCUUACAAUGACCAUGUUUUUUCUUGUAUUUGGCAUGGUUUUUAAAUCCUCAUUAUCAAUAAAAAGUUGCCUCCAACACCA